GCGCUGGAGGCGCAGCUGGCGCAGGUCGGUGGGGCGGCCGACUCGCCGCAGACGCCGCGGAUGAGGUCGGACCCCCAGAGGCACCUCGCCCGGCAGGUGCUGCAGAAGGAGCACAGCUGGGCACAGCGUGUCGGGGCGCUGGAGGCGCGGCUGGCGCAGGUGCAGGCCGAGCACGAGCGCAGCAGCGCCCGCAGGGGGGCCCAGCGCUCGCCCCGAGAGCUCUCGACGCCCCGGGAGCGGCGGCUGCGCCACGCCUUCUC